AAAACAAUAAAACGAACAACUCAAAGGCAAUUUGAGACAAUGGUGCAAUUGAUGGAAAGAAAUCCGGACUUAGCCAGAGGAUUGGCACCGUUUGGCUCUACAAAAAAGAAUAGAAUGGAGUUAURGGAGGGUAUUGCUUCAGAAUUGAACAAUAUCGGGCCUCCAAUACGUAGUGGCAGCGAAUGGAAUAAGGUUUGGUUGGACUACAAGCUAAAACUAAAACGGAAAAUUGCAGAUAACCGUAAAGAGAUUGCAGCCACAGGUGGAGGACCAUACACCCAACGCAGUCUAACGCCUUUGGAGCAGGCCGUGGACGAGUUGCUCAGUUUGCAGCAGGCAGAGAAUCCAAGCGGAGCCGCCUUUGGAAGCACUGCACCUGCACCUGCACCUACACCUGCAUAUGUAGAAGAGGAACAUCUGGAAGAUGUCGAGGUUCAGCCUGAACAGGCUGCAAAUAUUAGCAUUUCGACUAGGCAGGCACCUACAAGCGUGGAGGAGCGCGAAAAUUUGCGUAUGAAGGCUUUGGAAAAGCAAGCGGACAUGCAAGAAAGCCUUGUACACCAGAAAAAUUUAUGA